ACUUUCACCGGUCGGUAGCUCCAUGGCUGUCAGGUAGUGUUGUUGUCACCACGUUGUCACAUUUGUCACAUGUGUUAUCCGCGCGUAUGUUUACGAUUCGCAUAUCCCACUCUCCGGCGUCUCCAUCAUUGUUUGUCGCUUGGUAGAGAAACCUGUUAUUUCUCUUUCUACUACUACCCAAGAGUCCCGUUUGGGCUCUGCAUCUUGCAGCACUGUGAAAUGGCGGCGGGACCGACUUUGACUGAGAAGUUCCAAGGCUGCUUGGUGGGCGGGCUGCUCGGGGACUGCCUCGGCGCACCGUUUGAGGCCCAUAUUAAGAACACCGUCAUCCCGGACCAACGGACCUUUUUUCAGAAUUUGCUGAAAGGCGAGAUUGCGUUCGGGCCCCUUGCCGGGCGGAACUUCCGUCCUUCUGAAGUUGAUCAAGAGCAUGGCGAGUACCAUUACACGGACGACAGUGCCAUGACAUUUUGCCUUGCGAGAUCCUUGCUUGCUAAGGGGGGAUUUGACCCCCUGGAUGUGGCCAAACGGUUCACAGAGGAGUAUUUCGAGAAUCGACAGCUCAUGCAAGAGUAUGGGAAUGCUGUGAAGAAUGUGUUUCAGAAGUGGAAGGACAGCAGCUAUGCAGACCCAUACAAACCAGCGAUGGAGCAGUUUGAAGGCCGUGGCUCGUACGGCAAUGGUGCGUCCAUGCGCGUGGCUCCCGUUGCCCUCUUCUACACAAAAGACCACGAGAAAAUGAUUGAGGUUGCAAGAAACCAGGCAAAGCUCACUCACAGCAAUGAAUCCGCCUACAAUGCAGCCAUUCUGCAAUGCAUGGCUAUCGCAACUGCGCUGAGAAGUGAUCCUGGGACUCCAUUUGAUUCAGGCCAUUUUAUGAGCCAGCUCGUAGCCUUAAUGUUGCAGCAAGAGAAAUCCCAUAAUGGCCAAGGGCCACUCUGCCAUAAGAUGGAACUCAUCAAGAAAAUUGUGUGUGAUCCUACCCAAGACCCAACCCCUGCAGAAGUGGCUGUGAUGUUGGGCAAUGACAUGUCAGCGCAGGGAUCUGUGCCCACGGCCAUCUACAGUUUCCUGAGAUCCCAGAGACCCCUGACAGACUUCGAGCAUAAGAGUCCGUAUGUGAGGUGCCUGUACUUCGCCAUUGCCUGUGGCGGUGACUCGGACACGAUAGCGGCGAUGGCGGGCAACAUUGCUGGCGCCAGACAUGGAAUCUCGUCCAUCCCGGGCGUCUUGCAGAGGCAGUGCAAGGGCGUCGACGAGAUGGCUCGGUUAGCAGAGAGCAUAGAGGAGGCUGUCUUUAAGUGACCCUGACGGGCACCCACUUCACUUUGACGAGCACAUUGAAGUUAUAUACUACCAAUGUGCGACUGGGAUGUCACACUGCUGCAAUGGUGCUGCUGUCGGCGUGGCGCAUGCACAGACACUUCACAGGAAUCUGGUUGCUACACAUGCGCAGGGCCCACAGUGUGGGAAAGCAUGGGCUUGUUUGUAAACAGCGUGUUGCUCUAUACCGCUAUGUACAGUUGUGCUAACAGUUACAGGGGUUAAGACACGAAAAUUAAACAUAUAGAGGACUUUGAAAAUGAAAUGCUCAUAGGUUACUUAGUAGAUUCACCAAGUUUCAUCAUUUUAGGGGCUCUAGUAUUUGCAAGGAUCAAUUUACCAAUGUUAAUCUUUUGCAUUUGGCUACAGAAUUUCAGUGCCGUCUACCCACAUUAGUCACAUCAUAGUCUCAAUAAGCUACGUGAUCAUGAUCAUGUAGUUGAACGCCCUCUCAAUUUAUGGUUUUGUCUCCUUAUCAGGUUUCAUUCAAGGUCGAAGUUUGCAAAUGCUUCUCGAGGAUUUCUUUGAUAUUCUAAAUUCAUCCUUUGAGUGCAUUAAAGUUGCUUGUGCACUCUUUUUGAACGUAGGCAAGUCAUUUGACAGUGUAUGCCACAGACUGUUGAUAGCAAAACUUUCGAGGUUGGGAUUUUGUAGUUCACUGCGAUAAAAGUGCUGCGCCAUUUGCGCCGAAUUGCGCUAUUAACGAAGGUGUGCUUCAUCUUGCUCCAAAGUGCCAUUUUUGCUAAGAAUUUCCCCCACACCUGUACCGAGGUGAGCUUGAACAAAGCAAAAAAUAAAAAUAUUUUAAAA